AUCUCAUUAGCCUUGCUAGAAGGCAAGGCAGUUGUCGGUGAGACUGAUAUGCUUCAAACCAUGCAACAAGAUGCUCUGGAUCUUGGAGCCAAAGCCCUUGAUUUCUUUGAUGUCACAGAGGCUACUGAGAUUGCUUGUUUCAUUAAGAAGCAGUUUGAUACGACAUAUGGACCUGGAUGGCAAUGCAUUGUAGGAACAGAUUUUGGGUCUUUUGUAACCUACUGCUGUGGAUGUUUUAUUUAUUUUCAGAUUGAAAGCCUCGCAAUUUUGCUUUUCAGGGGCUGUGCUGCUCCUGAACCUAAGGCUAACCAAUUUACGGAAUUAGAGACCUUGGAUACUGUGACAGUGUAACGUUUGUUUCCUUGGCAAUCCAAUAUUAUUCUGCUUUCCUUGUAACUGGUUCUUGUAGUUUAGAAAACGGAAAUGGAAAUUAAAAGAAAAAUUCCUUCA